AUGAAAUUCCAAGUUAUUAUUGAGCACAUGCACUAUGAUUUUGAGACGAUGAUCAGUACUCAAAAGAGUAGUAUUAAUAUAAACAAUAACAAUAAUAAAAUGUUCAAAUUAGCUCAAGAGAGUUGUAAGAGAUGGAUGAGAAUGGAACCAGCAUACUUUGCUUCAGUUGCCUUUUCUGUACUUUUCCUUGCUAUCCCACCAAUUGCUCUCCCAUUAAGAGAAAAGUUUGCUGAUAGAAAGCCAAGAAAGGAUCCACAAACUAUUUAUCACGCUGAUACUUAUUAA